GGGGAAGGGGCGGGGCGCGGCCGGCGGCCGCGCCCUCGCAGCUUCCGCCGGGCCCCUCCGGAAAUCCCAUAUCGUGGGGCGACGGCGGCGUAAAAAGUGCUUCCUGGAGUGCAGAAGAGGUCAUGAAUCAUGUGACGGUGGCUUGAGGAGGAACCUGUCUUUAAAGCUGUCCCUUAAGUAACAGCGGAGAGAACCGGAGAGCCCAGAAACCCGAGGCGUGGAGAUUGAUCCUGCGAGAGAAGGGGGUUCAUCAUGGCGGAUGACCUAAAGCGAUUCUUGUAUAAAAAGUUACCAAGUGUCGAAGGGCUCCAUGCCAUUGUUGUAUCAGAUAGAGAUGGAGUACCUGUUAUUAAAGUGGCCAAUGACAAUGCUCCGGAGCAUGCUUUGCGACCUGGUUUCUUAUCCACUUUUGCCCUUGCAACAGACCAAGGGAGCAAACUUGGACUUUCAAAAAAUAAAAGUAUCAUCUGUUACUAUAACACCUACCAGGUGGUUCAAUUUAAUCGUUUACCUUUGGUGGUGAGUUUCAUAGCCAGCAGCAGUGCCAAUACAGGACUAAUUGUCAGCCUAGAAAAGGAACUUGCUCCAUUAUUUGAAGAAUUGAGACAAGUUGUGGAAGUUUCUUAAUCUGACAGUGGUUUCAGUGUGUACCUUAUCUUCAUUAUAACAACACAAUAUCAAUCCAGCAAUCUUUAGACUACAAUAAUACUUUUAUCCAUAUGCUCAAGAAAGGGCCCCUUUUUCCAACUUACACUAAAGAGCUAGCAUAUAGAUGUAAUUUAUAGAUAGAUCAGUUGCUAUAUUUUCUGGUGUAGGGUCUUUCUUAUUUAGUGAGAUCUAGGGAUACCACAGAAAUGGUUCAGUCUAUCACAGCUCCCAUGGAGUUAGUCUGGUCGCCAGAUAUGGAUGAGAGAUUCUAUUAAGUGGAUCAGAAUCAAACUGGUACAUCGAUCCACUUGAGCCGUUAAGUGCUCCCAAUUGUACAAUAUGCCCAGGCUUGCAGAAUGAAGCCACCUUUUUAUUGUGAAUAGUAAUAAGGACAUAUUUUUCUUCAGAUUAUGUUUUAUUUCUUUGAAUUGAAUGAGGAACAUAAAAUGGCUUGGUAAAAGUAACAAAAUCAGUACAAUCACUAACUUUCCUUUGUACAUAUUAUUUUGCAGUAUAGAUGAAUAUUACUAAUCAGUUUGAUUAUUCUCAGAGGGUGCUGCUCUUUAAUGAAAAUGAAAAUUAUAGCUAAUGUUUUUUCCUCAAACUCUGCUUUCUGUAACCAAUCAGUGUUUUAAUGUUUGUGUGUUCUUUAUAAAAUUUAAAUACAAUUCGUUAUUCUGUUUCCAAUGUUAGUAUGUAUGUAAACAUGAUAGUACAGCCAUUUUUUUCAUAUGUGGGUAAAAAUAAAAUAGUAUUUUUAAAAAUAUA